UUAAUGUUUCACUCUUUCUCUAUCUCUCUAUAAACCCUUGCCGCCGUGGGAGCUAGCUAACCAGGGUUUACUGUUCGAUUUCCAUUUCCAUUUCCGAUCAUGGAAGGAAUCGAAAUGGAGCAACCAACAUUCAACAACGAAUCCAACGAUGAUAUAUGCAAUUCAAUCCUCUCUCGUUUCUCAAAAUCCACCGCCGUUAGCCACCAACACCUCUGCACCGUCAUCGGCGCAAUGUCACAGGAACUCAAAGACCACAACCUCCCUUCUACCCCAGUCGCAUACUUCGGCGCAACGUGCUCCUCCCUUAACCGCAUCGUUCCGGAACCUAAUCCACCUGACCACGUCAUCGACUCGCUUGUCACGAUUCUCUCGAUUGUUAUCGUUAAAGUGCCCAUGGCUGUGUUGAAGAAGGAGAGAGAGUCUUUGUCCGAGCUUAUUGUGAAAGUUAUUCAUUCUCAGUCGUCGAAGAAUUCGGAGAGUGUCGUUGUUGAUGCAUUGAAGUGUGCUUCGCAUCUGUUGAUUCAUAGGGAUAGUGUUCAUUGGUCUGAUGUGUCGACUUUGUUCAAUCUUUUGUUAGGAUUUCUUACUGAUUCACGACCCAAGGUAAGAAGGCAAUCCCAUCUGGGCCUCCGUGAUGUCUUGAUAAAUUUUCAAAAGUCUUCGCUAUUAGCAUCUGCAAGUGAAGGUGUCAAAAACCUACUUGAAAGGUUUUUACUGCUUGCCGGUGGAGCAAAUGCAAAUGCUGGUGAAGGAACUAAGGGAGCCCAACAGGUUUUGUAUGUUCUCGAUGCCUUGAAAGAAUGCCUUCCUUUGUUGUCACUAAAAGACAAGAACAGCAUUCUCAAACACUUCAAAACUCUAUUGAAUCUGCGUCAACCCCUAGUCACUAGGCGCAUAAUGGAUGCUUUGAAUUUUAUCUGUCUUAACUCAACAUCAGAAGUUUCCUCUGAAGCACUACUUGAGGUGUUGAGCACAUUAUCGUCUCUUUCUACCUCAUCAAAUGAGAUUUCUGGAGAUGGUAUGACAUUUACUGCUCGCUUGCUUGAUGCUGGAAUGAAGAAAGUUUUUUCCCUGAACAGGCAAAUGUGUGUAAUUAAGCUUCCCAGUGUCUUCAGUGAUCUCAAAGAUAUUUUGGCAUCUGAACAUGAAGAGGCCAUAUUCGCAGCCACAGAUGCACUCAAAAGCAUGAUCAAUUAUUGCGUUGAUGAGAGUUUGAUUAAACAGGGAGUGGAUCAGAUAACUCUGGAUGAAUCAAGGAGAUCAGGACCAACCAUUAUUGAGAAAAUUUGUGCAACUAUUGAGAGCUUACUUGAUUAUCACUAUGCUGCUGCCUGGGACAGAGUUUUUGAUGUUGUUUCCGCAAUGUUUCACAAAUUAGGAAGUGACUCUCCUUACUUUAUGAGAGGUAUACUCAAAAACUUGGAAGAUAUGCAGAAGCUGCCUGAUGAAGAUUUUCCCUUUAGGAAACAGCUUCAUACAUGCCUUGGAUCAGCUCUUGUUGCAAUGGGACCUGAAACUUUCUUAUCCUUUAUACCAUUGAAUUUGGAAGCUGAAGAUUUAUCUGUCUCAAAUAUAUGGCUUUUUCCAAUUCUAAAACAGUAUAUUGUUGGUGCACGUCUAAAAUAUUUUGCCGAGGAAAUUUUGCCUAUGAUUGGACGUAUUAGGGAGAAGGCUCAAAAGCUUGAGAAGCAGGGACUGACGGUGUCAUCAAGGAAUGCAGACGCACUUGCUUACUCUUUGUGGUCUUUACUGCCUUCAUUUUGUAACUAUCCUUCAGACACAGCUAAAAGCUUCAAGGAUCUAGAGAGACAUUUACGUAGUACACUAAAAGAAGAACCUGAUAUUCGUGGAAUAAUAUGCACUAGUUUGCAGCUUCUGGUUAGACAAAACAAGAACAUAAAGGACUCAAAUGAUAAAGAUGAUAUUGGGCAAGAUAUGGCCAAAGAGCAAGUCUUGGUUAAUUACUCGCAACAGGUUGCAACAGAAAAUUUGAGGGCACUGGAGAUUUCUGCCAAGAACUUGUUGAAAGAUCUGUCAGACGUGUUCCUGAAAUCUACAAAAGAUGACGGUGGUUGUUUGCAGGGCACAGUUAGUGACAUUGCUUCUAUAGCAGAAAAGAAAGUCGUACAAAACUUAUUUAAGAAGAAGAUGUCAGACCUCUUAAAAUGUACUCAAAAUGCCAACAGAAUAGAUGGUUCAGACAGCUCUAUGCAGAUUGAUGCAUCAAGUGAUGUGUCUCAAUCAGUUCUCAGGGCGCGGCUUCUUGAUUUCGCAGUUUCAUUGUUGCCUGGAUUAGAUACAAAAGAUAUUGAUUUAUUAUUUCAAGUAUUAAAGCCAGCAUUGCAGGAUGUUGGUGUCAUGCAGAAGAAGGCAUACAAAGUUCUCUCGAUCAUACUCAGGAGCUCGGAUAGUUUUGUUUCAUCGAAGCUUGAGGUUCUGCUUGGGCUUAUGGUUGAAAUUCUUCCUUGCCAUUCUUCUGCCAAACGCCAUAGACUUGAUUGCCUUUACUUUUUGAUACUCCAUGUCAUGAAGUCCGAGGCAGUCAAAGUUGAGUUCCUUUACUUCUUAACAGUCCAAGACUCGAAAUCCAAGGAUGAUUCGAUGGCCUGGCCAGAAGUUUUCCUCACUGAGAUAAUACUGGCUCUUAAAGAGGCUAAUAAGAAAACCAGGAACAGGGCUUAUGACAUUCUGGUCGAAAUCGCCCAUGCAUUUGGAGACGAGGAGAGAGGUGGGAACAGAAAUAACCUCUUUCAAUUUUUUAUCAAGGUUGCGCGCGGCCUUGUUGGAAAAACUCCACAUAUGAUAAGUGCAACCGUCAAAGGUUUAGCUCGCUUGGCCUAUGAAUUCUCUGACCUUGCUUUAACUGCUUUCGAUUUGCUUCCAUCUACUUUUGUCCUGCUCGAAAAAAAGAAUAGAGAGAUAACCAAGGCCAAUCUUGGUUUAUUAAAGGUUUUAGUAGCCAAAUCACAAGCAGAAGGAUUGCAAAUGCAUCUGAAGAGCGUGGUUGAGUGUUUGUUUCAGUGGCAAGAUGAAGCCAAAAAUCAUUUUAAAGCAAAGGUCAAACUUCUUUUGGGAAUGCUCAUCUCGAAGUGUGGAUUGGAGGCUGUUAAAGCUGUCCUGCCUGAAGAACAUAUGAAACUUCUUACCAACAUACGCAAGAUCAAGGAGCGGAAAGAGAGGAACCGAGGUGCUAAGUCUGAAGAAACUAGGUCUCAGGUUUCAAAGGCAACUACAUCCAGGAAAAGUAGAUGGAACCAUACUGAUAUUUUUUCGGAGUUUGAUGGAGACAGCAAAGGUAGUGAUGCAGAAUACCUGAACGGCAAGACAAUUUCUAGAGGGGGUAAAUCUUCCACACAUCUCAAAUCAGCAGCAUCUUCAUUCAGGUCCAAGAUGAGACUAAAAAACAAUAUUCCUGAGCACUUGUCUGACGAAUCAGAUGACGAGCCACUUGAUUUGCUUGAUCGGCAGAAAGUAAGGUCUGCUCUUAGAUCUGAGAAUCUCAAAAGGAAGUCAAGGUCAGACGAUGAUGAGAUGGAGGUAGAUUCUGAAGGACGUUUGAUUAUCCGGGAGGAAGGGGAACAGACGGAGGAAAAACCAGCCGAUUCAGAAUAUGAUGCUAGGAGUGAGCCUGAUAGUCAUUUGUCUGCAAGGUCCGGAACUAAAGCCCAAAAGCGGAGAAGAACAGCAGAGCCUGGUAGGGCUGGUAGGGCUUACACUGGAAAGGAAUAUGCUAGCAAAAAAGCUGGAGGAGAUAUUAAGAGGAAGGAUAAGCUUGAACCUUAUGCAUAUUGGCCACUUGAUCGGAAAAUGAUGAGUCGUCGACCACAACAUCGGGCUGCUGCAAAAAAAGGUAUGGCUACUGUGGUAAAUAUGACAAAAAGGCUUGAAGGCAAGAGUGCGUCUGGCGUGCUUUCUAUGAAGAGUAUGAAACUAAAAAGAACUCAAAAGAAAGGCAGCAAGCAAUAGAAAAUGUAGCAGCAGAUUGAUAGAGCCAUGGUUUGCUGUAAUUUAGUGUGUAUUUAUUUGAUGAUAAAAGAAAGCAGGUUUUUGGGUUUCAGUUUUCUUAUACGGUAUACACAAGAGGACUUGUGUUAAAAUUUUGAAUUAGAUGCACCCGGCUUCAAGAGUGCUUAUUGUCAUAAUUGUAUUUUUUUUCAAAAAAACGAAAUAUUGUUUAAAUUGUACUGUCCAAAACUUUGUAUUCUA